AUACAGUGGUUUGGAGAUGCUGAAAAACUAACCAAAGCGCUUUUCUCGUUUGCCAGCAAGCUUGCUCCCGUCAUUAUAUUUGUUGAUGAAGUUGACAGUUUGCUUGGUGCUCGAGGUGGUGCUUUUGAGCAUGAGGCUACUAGAAGAAUGAGGAACGAGUUUAUGGCAGCUUGGGAUGGAUUGAGGUCAAAAGAAAGCCAAAGAAUCCUCAUUCUUGGUGCAACAAACCGGCCAUUUGACCUUGAUGAUGCUGUUAUUCGUCGCUUACCAAGGAGGAUAUAUGUCGAUUUACCAGAUGCUGAAAACCGAUUGAAGAUUUUGAGAAUAUUUCUAGCACAAGAAAAUUUGGAUACUGAUUUUCAGUUUGAUAAACUUGCUAACUUGACUGAUGGGUACUCUGGCAGUGAUUUGAAGAACCUCUGUGUUGCUGCAGCAUAUAGACCUGUUCAGGAGCUCUUAGAGGAAGAAAAGAAGGGAGGCAAUAACAGUACAUCUUCGGUAUUAAGGCCUCUUAAUUUGGAUGAUUUUGUUCAGUCAAAAUCCAAGGUGGGUCCAUCAGUUGCCUAUGAUGCAACAAGCAUGAAUGAAUUGAGGAAGUGGAAUGAAAUGUACGGAGAAGGCGGUAGUAGGACAAAGUCACCAUUUGGAUUUGGGAGCUGAUUUUGAUGGUUCUAUGACAACAACUUAUUGGCAAUAGUGCAAUUUACACCGAAGCAUAACAUGGAAAAGAGCUCUAGAUUGAUUUCACUUUAUACUUUUCAACGGCCUCUAUGAUUGCUCAUCUGUUGCCAAAUUAUUUGGUAUCCAUAUUUGGUAUAAUUUUCGGUACAAGCAGUGUUUUUCCCAAACUUAUUCAUGCACCGGUUCUGUUUAGGAGGCUGUCCUUUGAGGGAGAAUCCUUUCAUCCCGUUUUGAGCUGAUAUAAGAGCAAUUCAAUCUAAUGUAUUGUAAUGAAAUGUAGGUAGCUUCUAAUUUUUUCUAGCGAAUACCCAAUCAUAAGUUCAACUAUAGGGGUAAAUUUCCCAAUUUUUUUUUUUUUGUCAGCAAUGUUUAAUAAUGUAAUUUCUCUA